CUGGAUGAUGGGAGGAGGGAUGUGAGAGUGGGAGCGGGGGAAGAAGAAGGAGGCACAUAGUGGCGAGGAGAGAGGCAUCAUCUCAUUGAUGCUGAGUCACAUCACGGAGGGACCGCAGCCACAUCCAAUGAGUCUUUGGGAAUAAUGGAGGAGCUGGAACACACUUGCCCCCAUCCUCGGACGAUGCUGACAGAGCCUGCCAUCUUUGCCAGAGAGACCAGCUGCGAUUGCCGCGCGCCUCAUGAGAAGCUCACCGUCGCUCAGGCCCGCAGAGGCACCCCGGUGGACCGUCCAGUGAGAGUGUACGCUGAUGGCAUCUUCGACCUGUUCCACUCGGGCCAUGCUCGUGCUCUCAUGCAGGCCAAGAAUCUUUUCCCCAACACCUACCUCAUCGUGGGAGUGUGCAGCGAUGAGCUGACCCAUAAGUACAAGGGCUUCACUGUCAUGACUGAGACAGAGCGAUACGAAGCGCUCAGACACUGCCGCUAUGUCGACGAGGUGCUCAGGGAUGCUCCUUGGACGCUCACGCCCGAAUUUCUGGAGCAACACAAGAUCGAUUUUGUGGCUCAUGAUGAUAUCCCAUACUCCUCAGCAGGGAGCGAAGAUGUCUACAAACACAUCAAGGAGGCAGGAAUGUUUGUGCCCACUCAACGCACCGAAGGAAUCUCCACGUCGGACAUCAUCACCAGGAUUGUCCGGGACUACGACGUCUACGCCCGUCGUAACCUCCAACGUGGCUACACGGCCAAGGAGCUCAACGUCAGCUACAUCAAUGAAAAGAAGUACCGGCUGCAGAAUCAAGUCGACCGAAUGAAAGAGAAGGUUCGCAACGUCGAGGAGAAGAGCAAACAUUUUGUUUACCGUGUGGAGGAGAAGAGUCACGACCUCAUUCAGAAGUGGGAGGAAAAAUCGAGGGAGUUUAUCGGCAACUUCCUGGAACUAUUCGGACCUGAUGGUACUUGGAAGCAGGUGUUUCAGGAGCGCAGUGGACGAAUGCUCUCCUAUGCUCUGUCUCCCAGAGAGUCUCCCUGCAAUAGCCCUCCACGUGAACUGUCUCCCCUGCGCUCGCCUUCGCCGCCAUCUCCGCCCGCCCGCUGGCACAACGCACGGCCCUCGCCGCCAACCUCCCCCAAAGGAGCGUCCGCCUCCAUCAGCAGCAUGAGUGAAGGCGACGAGGACGAGAAGUAGACGGGUGGCGGACGCUCCCAUGUGCACACGUGAUUCACAGAACACUGCCUGAGAACUUGUCACACGUGUGCCCACGUACAAUUCCCACACAAACACGAGAUGGAAUACCAAAAACGCUUUACCUCAAGGAAAAUAGCAAAGCAUACUGAAGCGGUGGGAUUUCUGUGCAUGGGAGGUUUGUUUUGCUGAGUGGAGAAGCCAUCGCAAGGUGGAAGAUGACUGUUCAUGAUUCCAGGAUCGCAUAUUUAGAAAAAACUAAACUCUAAUCAUGGAAUUUCCGUUACAAAUGUUCCCACAGCUUUGUGAAGCCACCGACUUGUUUUUGUCCCCUUUUCUCUUUUUACUACAGCCAUUCGUUUAUAAGAGAAAAGUUUUGUGUACGAUAUUCAGGGCUUGAACUCCAUUCAUAUUGAUUUUUUUCAGUACAGUACAGCGGUGUACCUAGUUCCCACAUGGAAUACACAGUAAGCAACAGGAGAUGUUCCUCGCUUGUGCUCUAGUCUAUUCACUGGUUUACUCCGUGAACAAACACAGUGCAGCUCAGCCUCUGUCUAGCAGGCGUCAUGGCUCGUCAACUCAUUUGAAACGGCGUUUAAAAAUAGAAGACACUGCACAUGGGUUUUCAGAGACCAUUUUUUUCAACAAAAAGUGCUUUAUUGCUGGUAACAUCUAUAAAAGUAGGUCAUGACUUUGCAACAGUAGGAAAAUGUGGCUCCCAGGGUGACAACAGUUAAGAACCACUGAGCUAGAUGUUACAACUGAUUUCACAAAGCUUUAGAAAUGUUCAAUGUGCACACCACGAGUGAGGUGUUCAGGCAGCACUCCAGCCAAACACAACUGGAUGCCUCCACAAACAGCUUUCCUCAAUGUCCAAAUCUGCUUUCCAAUGGGUGUUUUUCUUGUUAUUGAGUUAUCUUGAAAAUGCACGCUGGACACUCAUGGUCGAGUAUAUUCUAACACACAAUGCCUUUUCAUCGCUAAUCAUUUUUAGUAGAAUUGUUCAAACUUAUGUCCAAUUUUUUUGGAACACACUUGUAAAAACACACACCCUGUAUAAAAAAAAAUAAUAAAAAUGUAUGUGCUGUUACUUGCUUCAAGAACAUUUUAAAUCAACAAGUCAGGCCUAGACUUUGAAAGUGCAACGUGACAUAAUCAGGAACUAUAAGGGAGAAAACGCGCAAAGGGGGAAAUUGAGUCAAUAAUGUGUAAAGUUAGUAAAUUUCUCACUUGUACGUGAUCUUCAUAAAGCAUUUCAUGAUUUUCUUUCAUUUCACAAAACUACCUUCCUCUAAAAAUGAUACACUUAAGUAAUUGAAUCUCUUCAGCAGGCUCCAAGACAUAUUGGCUGACUUUGAUCGCUAACCUUUGAUAUGUGUUGUUUUAAGCAGACCACAAUUAACUAAUAGUAUAAGCAAUACUGUACUGUGUUGGUGCAACCACUUAGUUUGAAUUUCUUCAACGCAAAAUGAGCUAACCUGUCACAUUCUCCUCCAUCUUGGCUUGAUUUGUUUCACGUGUCACACUAUAGAAAAGCCAUACAUCUCGACAUUUCUCAAAAUGUUCUGCUCAACAUGCAAUAUAAUUCAAGGUGGAUUUGGGCCUUUACUCAGAAGAAUGAUGAUACAUUCAAUUUAAACUCACCUGUGCAUAGAAACGGUAUAAGUGUGCAACCUGUGAGAGCCAACAUAUAUGCUUUUGGAAUGUAUGUUUUCUUUUUCUUUUUUUAUGAUGAAGUCCAAAUUGCUUGGUGUGAAAAUAAAAACUCAACAUGU